AUGACAGCGGUUACAAUUUCCUUUUUUGGAUUUCUUCUUGUCAUCGCAGCAACCGUUAUUAGCUUUUGUGAUGGGAAUUCUAAUAUGCUUUGCAUUGAAAGUGAGAGGCAAGUUCUUUUGAAGUUCAAGCAACACCUAAUGGAUCGAUCAAACAGGCUAUCUUCUUGGGUUGAAGGUGAGGAUUGCUGUGAAUGGGUUGGUGUUUUCUGUAAUAACUUCACUGGCCAUGUCAACGAGCUGCACUUGGGGCUUAGUAGGCCUUAUGAGGGUGCGUCAGAUGCUGAAUGGGAUGCUUAUCUCCGAUCAAAGCUAGGAGGCAAAAUAAAUCCUUCUUUGAUCGAGUUGAAACAUCUCAGUUUCCUAGACUUAAGCAACAACGACUUUGGAGGCCUGGCGAUUCCCGAAUUCAUUGGUUCGAUGAACACUAAAACCCUUCAAUGGGUUUCUGGUCUUUCGUCUCUGCAGUAUCUUGAUUUGAGUGAUGCAAAUCUUACUAAAGCAACUGAUUGGCUGCAGGCAACACACAAACUACCUUCUUUGGUGGAGUUACACUUGUCAGGAUGCAGGCUAAAUAAUGAUCCAUCUCCAAUCAGUGUGAUUCCCAAUGUUAACCAGCUUGAAAUUAUAGAACCCAAAUGUUUGGAAAGUCUUUGCAAUCUGAGGGAGAUGGAUUUGUCAAAUAAUGGAAUUGAUCAAGAAGUAUCAGAAAUCAUAGACAGAUCCCUUUCUAAUAGUCUUUGUAAUUCCUCAACCAAACUGGAAACUUUGACCAUUCUUGACAUUGAAUCAAAUCUUCUGUCAGGUGAAAUUCCAGAUUGUUGGGAAAAUUGGCAAAUGUUGCAAGUCUUAAAUUUAGGAAACAACAAUCUAACUGGGAAAAUUCCUAGAUCCUUGGGAUCUUUGCGUUAUAUUAAGUCAUUAAACCUUCGUACCAAUAAACUGUUUGGAGAAGUGCCAUCAACAUUGCAACACUUAGAUAAUAUGCUUAUUCUUGAUCUUAGUGAAAAUCAAUUGACGGGAAGUAUUCCAGCAUGGAUUGGAGACAAGCUUUUCAACCCUGUGGUUCUAAACCUUCGUUCAAAUAAAUUCCAAGCCAUUCCUGAUCAAAUUUGUGCUCUUAAUUCUCUUCAGUUCUUGGAUCUUGGUUAUAACAACAUUUCAGGAGCUAUUCCAAAAUGUUUUAGUAACCUAAGUGCCAUGGCCACAAAAACCCUCAACGGAUUCUUGUUUGAAGUGCCCUGGGAAUUCAACCCUAACAACUGGGUUAAUUUAGAUGCAUUAUUGGUGAUGAGAGGAAGAGAGGAUGAAUAUAGUACCACACUAGGACUUGUUACCGGCGUAGACCUUUCAGUUAACAGUCUCACAGGAGAGAUCCCCAAAGAACUUGGUAAUCUCACCGAGCUGCGGUCGUUAAAUUUGUCAGGGAAUCUCCUAACAGGACAGAUACCAGAGAACAUUGGCAAUAUGGAGGUUUUGGAAUCUCUUGACUUGUCGAUGAACCGACUCCAUGGUGAAAUCCCUUCAAGUUUUUCCAAUUUGAAUUUUUUGAAUCACUUCAACGUGUCAUAUAACAACUUGACAGGAAAAAUCCCAUUAGGCACCCAGCUCCAAAGCUUUGACAAGUUUUCUUAUAUUGGCAAUCAUCUUUGCGGACCUCCAAUCACUAAAAAUUGCAGCAGAAAUGGCGAAACACCUGAUAUUACAAAUGGAGAUAGCAGCGAAGGAAGGCACAGGUCUAAGGUGAAUUGGCUUUAUGUGAGCAUAGUGGUUGGAUUUGUGAUGGGGUUUUGGGGAGUAGUGGCUCCCUUGUUUUUCAUCAGGUCUUGGAGGUUUGCUUACUAUAAAAAACUGGAGCAUAUUGGUGAUAAGCUAUACGUGUUUUGGGCUACUAUUGGUAUGUAAUUUGUACUGGAAGCUCAUUUUGGUGUGUUUGGUAAUGUAAUAACUUGAUUUGCAUGCUAUUUACUUGAUCCAUGUAUUUGGAUUUGGAUGUGGUAUUCCAUAUUUAUAUUAAUUUAUCUCACU